AUGACAGUCUGCCAUACCGUUUUACCAACAGAACACAGCCAUAAUCUUUCUGACUUGCCUCAACUGAGACUGGUCUUAGUUGGGGUGAGAGAAGCUGGGAAAAGUGCAGCUGGUAAUGCCAUUCUUGGCAAGAAAGCCUUUGACGAGGUUGGGGUGAAGACCAGAGUGAGUGUCUCUUGUCAGGGUCUGGUAAAAGGGCAGCAGGUGCUGGUGGUUGACACCCCAGGCUGGGAAUGGUUCAACAUCAAUGGCACCCCUGCAUCAGAAAUUGGCGUUAAGAAGGAGAUGAUAAGGAGUAUGAGUCUGUGCCAGCCUGGUGCCCAUGCCCUGCUGUUGGUAGUGCCACUGUCAUUCUCGUUCUCCAAGCGUGAGCGGUGUGCUGUGGAGGAACAUGUAGAGCUGUUUGGUCCAGAAGCUUGGAGUUACACCUUGGUGCUUUUCACCAUCUUAGACAGAAAGCAGUUGUAUGGUACCAGCCUCAAGCAAGAAGUGGAGGAGAACGAGGAGCUACACAGGCUGGUUGGGAGAUGUGGAGGCCGUUUCCAUGCACUGUACAGCAAACCCACACGGGGUGAAGACCAGGUGGCUGAUCUUCUGGCUAAAAUCCAGGAGAUGGUGGCAACUAGUGGAGAAGCUGUGCUCUCCAGUGGGAAGGUCCUGGAACACACCAGGAAGAGAGAGAGAGAAGAGGAGAGAAGAGAGGAGGAAGAGAGGAAGAAGAGAGAUGAGAAAAUACAGAAAAUUAGAGAGGCACUGAAAACCAAGGAAAAAGACAAGGAGUUACGAAGGUUGAGAAGGGGAACAAACAGGUACACAGUGGACAGUAAGUAUAAUAUUUUUGCCUUUUAUCACCUUCAGUGAGAUUGUUGUGAAAAAAGUAAAAACCAUUGAGAAAUCAUUACGAAAAUAUAAAG